AUGACAGAAAAUUAUUUGAUAAUUGGGGGCGAAGGUUUUCUCGGCCGAUGGAUUGUAGAUUUUCUUCUUAAGCGAGGCGAUAAAAAUAUAUCGACUUUCGAUAAAGAGCAAAGAUACUUUGACCAAGAGGUUAUUCAUUAUGUUGGGGACAUAUGCAAUUACCAGGAUGUCAAUAAUGCGAUAAGUAAAACCAAUGUUACAACUGUAUUCCAUACAGCAUCUCCUCCUCAUGAUGGAAUACCUAAUGAGGUAUAUUGGAAAGUUAAUGUUGAAGGAACAAAGAAUGUCAUCGAUUCUUGUAUUGCAAAUGGAGUUAAGAAACUAAUUUUUACAAGCAGUUCGAGUGUGAUUUACGAUGGUAAAGAAGGCGAAAAACUUGUGAAAAGCGCAAAUGGGAAAAAUGGUCUCUUGACAGUUUGCCUUCGUCCUUGUGGUAUUUUUGGUCCCAAUGACCGACAAUUGAUUCCAGGAGCAAUUACAGUCAUGGAAUACGGCCAGUCAAAAUUUCAAGUUGGUGAUAAUUUCAAUCUAGUUGAUUUUACUUAUGUCGAAAAUGCUGCUCACGCUCAUUUAUUAGCCUCUGAUAAAUUAACUGCAGAUAGAUUCAUUUUUGCAUCAUUAUCUGAAUUUGCAUGUUAUUUCUCAGGUAAAAAAUCCGGAUUUACUAGAUUUAGAGUGAAACUUACUACAAAUAAUCGAUACUUUGAUAUUACUAAAGCAAGAAGAUUAUUAGGUUAUGAACCAAUUGUGGAUUUAGAAGAAGCUAAUGGGAAAAAUCUUAAUCAUAUAAUGUCACACAAUAAUGUUUGUCAGGUUUUUUCUUCGGAUUGUGAUACAAUCGAAUCAUCAAAAUUAAAAUACUCGUUCAACUCGUCAUCUUUGGGGUGUGGAUCUGUUACCGUUAAUACAUUUUCGAAAAUGAAACUAUUUUGCUUCAAUGUCAUAACGGGGUGUGGAUCUGUUACCGUUACCACAUUACGUAAUCUUGGAUUAUGUGAUCUUGUCGGAUUACAUUGUCGUGAUGAUCGUAACAAUGCUGCUUUAGCAAUUUAUGUUACCAAUGACACUGGUAAUGCGGUUAAAAGUGAUGCCUAUUUAAAUAUUAAUGAUCUUGAAUGGUCAAAAGUGAAAGUUCCAGAUUCAGUAUUUAUGGGAGAUCAAGAUGAAUUAGCAGGUUUUUUAUGUUUAGAAGAGAUAGAUAAUGUUGAUAUUGUUGAUAUUGAACGUGAAGAAGUUUCUACUAAAGGGCACACUAUAAGAUUUGAAAAAGUUCAAAAAGUUCAAAAUGAAAAAGUAAUGUUCAAGAAAAAUAAUAAGAAAAAUGUAAAUGAGUCUCUAGAUAACGGAGACAGUGAAGAAUAUGAAGACAUUGACUCAAAUUUAGAUAUAGAUGUAGAUGUAUCUGCGUGGAAUAAAUUUAAUCUUUCAUUAGAAAUUAUGAAAGGAUUGAAAUCAUUGAAAUUUAAUAAACCCACUCCAAUUCAGGAAGAAGCACUUCCUGCUGGUUUAUCAGGACGGGAUGUAGUUGGAGCAGCAGAGACUGGUUCGGGAAAAACACUUGCUUUCGUUGGACUUAUUUUAACACCUACUAGAGAAUUAGCCAUACAAAUUAGAGAUCAUCUUAUGAACAUUUGUAAGUUUACUAAAGUGAAGAUAAUGUCUAUCGUUGGUGGAAUGGCGAUACAAAAACAAAAAAGAUUAUUAGCUAAGCAACCCAACAUAAUUAUUGGUACACCUGGACGAUUUUGGGAAGUAUUUUCUGAGAAUCAUGAUUACAUUCAGACUCUUCGUCAUAUCAAAUACUUAGUAUUAGAUGAAGCGGAUCGAAUGCUUGAAACUGGUCAUUUUAAAGAAUUAGAUAAUAUCCUCACCAUUUUAUCUCGAAACUGGCAGCAAAAUACGAGUGAAUGGAAUGAUGAUGGGGAAAUUGUAAUAAAUGAAACAAAAGCAACUUUGGAUAGUAAUUUGAAUGAAAAUUUGAAACAUAAAUGGAGGAACAAUUCAAGAAAAAAAGAUCAAAAAUCUAAAGGAACAAUGGCCGAGUUGAUGCAAAGAUUAGAGUUUUAUGAUCCUGAUCCAAUAUUUAUAGAUAUUACACCAAAAGAUUCUGUAGCGGAAACACUUCAAGAAUCUAAAAUUGAUUGUUUGGUUAAAGAUAAGGAUUUAUACGUAUAUUACUUUAUUACACGAUAUCCUGGUCGGACCAUCAUCUUUGUGAAUAGUAUCGAUUCCAUACGUCGACUUGUUCCUAUUUUAAAUUUAUUGAAUGUUGAUGCUCUUGGACUUCAUGCCCAAAUGCAACAAAGGCAACGACUAAAGAAUUUAGAUCGUUUUAAACAGGACCCAAAAGCUGUAAUGGUUGCUAGUGAUGUAGCAGCUCGUGGAUUAGAUAUUCCUCUCAUUGAUCAUGUGAUACAUUAUCAACUGCCACAUUUGCCAAAAACUGAAAAAAGGAUACCCGAUUUUCCAAUUGAAGCAGGAAUAAUUAAUGCAAUGAAACAGAGAACUAAUUUAGCAAAACAGAUUGAUCAAGAACAACACAAACUACAAAAAAAUAUUCAUGAUGAUAGUUGGAUGAAAAAGGCAGCAGAAGAAUUUGGGAUAGAAUUAGAUGAAGAUCUACAAUUAUUAUCACAACCAUUGGUUCCACGCGGUAUCUCAACAAAAUAUUUAACAAGUGGUAUCGUUCGUGAUUUAGCUGAUAGAUUAUUAGAUGAAUCGUCACAUAAUAAUCAGAUAAUGGGAGUAAAAAGGACAAAAGCGACAGAUGAUUUUAAAUCAAGAAAAUCUUCGAAAAAGAAACGAAAGAUUUCUUCAUGA